CUUUAAGCUGUUCAUGGAUUGACGUUUGCCACGAGCAGCCAAUAUUAUUCUGCAUACGACCACCACAACCUCCGUCUUUUUUGUUGUCUCUACCAUUCAAGCAUCUGAGAGAUAGCUAGCACAAGCUAUUCUCUCAUCGCAUUCUCAAAGCUACACUACAUGUCAUGCAUGUGCGCCAUGCCCAGCGAAAGCACAUCGUACACUCUCUCAACACCUUAUUGUAUGAGCUGCAUACACUCUCCUUCUUCCUCUCGCCGUCCAUAUGGGGCUACAUAUGUCGGGUUUCUUCCCAAUACCAGUUCGCACGACCGCGAAGCGACCCUAAUAGGACCCUCAAAUUCUGGUUCUUCCUCAUUCUCUUCUUCAACCUGGGUAUCGUCUGGUCACAUAUCUUUGAGGGUGCCUCACCCGGCCGAUCAGUCAUCCUCGACUUCGUUGGCAUGGCGAACCGUCCUUCCAAAUUGCACCUUCUCUCUCUCGACUUCCUCAUUAUAUUCCUCGAUCUCUUGCUCGUCACCAUUGCAUAUGAAUCGGCUGUCGCUGCAGAGCAGCCAGAAGAUACCCCCGAUCCACUAUUACAUAUACCCAACCAACAACCACCCGCCUCUCCAUUGUCAACUUCACUCAAUGACACAGAGAAAUCACAACAAGAACCUCCAUAUGUCCUUGAUCUCAGAGUCUCUACCAUCAUGAACCGACUGAGGAAUCCUGCCCCAUCACCACCACCACCGCCCGCACCUGACCUGCUUCCACUGCCUAAUAUCACAUCAGUUGGGUCACAGUUACGCUUCUUGACGAGAGCAAGGACCAGAUUGCAAGAGCUACGUGUAAGAGCGGCUGAACAGGCCGCUAGGGACCCGGAGGGUGAAGAGGGUGGCGAGGAUAGGCAGCGAAGAAUACCUGGCGGUUUGGACGUUAAUGAGGGAACGUGACGCAUUUGUAUCUGAAAAUAUCGUACUUUAUAAUAUUGAUAUUGGUUUGCAUUGCUGUUC